AUGUCUUCCGCCGCCGCCCGUCCCUUCCCCGGCGAGCUCAUCCGAGGGCUUCGAUCGGCGGCGGAGCCGAGGAGCAGCUUUGUCUCUGUCAGGCGCCUCUCCGUUGUCUCCUUCCCCCUCGCCUUCCAGUGGUUCUCCUGGCCCAAAUCCCGCUCCCCCCUCCGUCCUGUCAGAUCUCAGCAACCUCAACAGCAGCAGCAGCAGCAGGAGGAAGCCGUAGACCUCGCCGUCCUCCCCCAGGGGCUCCGGGAGAUCAUCUCCCUCUUCCAGUCUGUCUCCGACCCCAAGGCCAAGUACCAGCAGCUACUCCACUACGGCGGCCGGCUGCCGCCGCUGGAUCCCCGGUACAAGACUGAAGAGCACCGCGUCAGAGGCUGCGUCUCGCAGGUCUGGGUGCGAGCCUUCCCCGAUCCCGGUGAUCCCGCCGCCGUCCGCUUCGAAGCUGAUUCCGAUUCCGCCCUAACCAAGGGCCUCGCCGCUCUUCUCGUCCUAGGGCUCUCCGGAGCUCCCGCGCCGGCCAUCGCUCGCAUCCCGCCGGAGUUCGUUCACCUACUCGGCCUCCGGCAAAGCCUCACGCCGUCCAGGAACAACGGAUUCCUGAACAUGUUGAAGCUGAUGCAGCUGAAGGCGCUCCAGCUCUACGCCCAGGGCGGCGGCGAUCCUGCGACCAAUUCCGCCUCCGGCGAGGAGAUCGCAAGCUCCGACGGAAGCAUCGGCUCUGUAAUAACAGAGGUCCCGGAGGGGAGAGAAGCUAACUCCGGCGUAAAUGGAAAUAGGGUCGACCACCGUCCGGCGCUCACCAGCAUUCAGGAGGUGUCAGAAGUUAACUUGGACGCCGUCGAUGAUAUCUCACCGGCGCCGACCGGUGGCUCCGGUGGCAGAGCAGCGAGGAUAAGAGAGAGAUUGCAGAGGGAGCUUCUUCCUCUGGAACUGGAACUGGAGGACAUCUCGUACCAGCACGCAGGUCACGCCGGCGUCAGAGGAAGCAGCGAUGGGGAGACCCAUUACAAUCUGAGGAUCGUCUCCAAGGAGUUCGAAGGCAAGACCCUGGUGAAGAGGCACAGGCUUGUUUAUGAUCUGUUGCAGGAGGAGCUCCAGACUGGCCUGCACGCCCUCUCCAUCGUCGCCAAAACCCCAUCCGAAGUCGGCAUGAAGUAG